GGCGCCUGCGCACUGCAGGCAGAGGCGUGUGCGGGGCGGGCGGCGGUAGUGGCUGCCAUGAGCUUCCUCAUCGACUCCAGCAUCAUGGUCACCUCCCAGGUGCUGUUCUUUGGAUUUGGGUGGCUGUUCUUCAUGCGUAAGCUCUUCAAGGAUUAUGAGGUACGACAGUAUGUGGUCCAGGUGAUCUUCUCUGUGACUUUUGCCUUCUCUUGUACCAUGUUUGAACUCAUCAUAUUUGAGAUUUUGGGAGUGCUAAACAGCAGCUCUCGAUAUUUCCACUGGAAGCUGAACCUGUGUGUCAUUUUGCUCAUCCUUGUCUUCAUGGUACCCUUCUACAUUGGGUACUUUGUUGUGAGCAAUAUCAGAUUAUUGCACAGACAAAAACUGCUUUUUGCAUGUGUUCUGUGGCUGACAUUCAUGUAUUUCUUCUGGAAAUUGGGGGAUCCAUUUCCUAUCCUCAGCCCAAAACAUGGUAUCCUCUCCAUAGAACAGCUUAUCAGCCGUGUGGGUGUGAUUGGGGUGACACUCAUGGCUUUGCUGUCAGGAUUUGGGGCUGUCAACUGUCCAUACACUUACAUGUCUUACUUUCUCAGGAAUGUCACAGACGCAGAUAUCCUGGCUUUGGAGCGAAGACUCCUUCAGACCAUGGACAUGAUUGUUAGCAAGAAAAAAAGGAUAGCAGUGGCUCACAGGACAAUGUUCCAGAGAGGAGAAGUGCAUAACAAACCCACUGGCUUCUGGGGAAUGAUAAAAAGUGUUACAACAUCUGUUUCAGGCAGUGAAAAUCUGUCCCUUAUCCAGCAAGAAGUGGAUGCCCUAGAAGAGCUGAGUCGGCAGCUUUUUCUGGAAACUGCUGACUUGCAUGCAACAAAGGAGAGGAUAGAGUACUCCAAAACUUUCCAGGGAAAAUACUUCAAUGUUUUGGGUUAUUUUUUCUCCAUUUAUUGUGUCUGGAAAAUCUUCAUGGCAACCAUCAACAUCGUAUUUGACCGUGUGGGGAAGACUGAUCCAGUCACAAGAGGAAUUGAGAUCACUGUAAAUUAUCUGGGAAUCCAGUUUGAUGUGAAAUUCUGGUCUCAGCACAUUUCCUUUAUUCUUGUUGGAAUAAUCAUUGUUACCUCUAUCAGAGGAUUGUUAAUCACACUUACAAAGUUUUUCUAUGCCAUUUCCAGCAGCAAAUCCUCCAACGUCAUCGUUCUGCUCUUAGCACAGAUCAUGGGGAUGUACUUUGUGUCGUCAGUGCUGCUGAUCCGCAUGAGUAUGCCUCCGGAGUAUCGCAUCAUUAUUACCGAAGUGCUGGGAGAGCUCCAGUUCAACUUUUACCAUCGCUGGUUUGAUGUGAUAUUCCUAGUCAGUGCCCUGUCCAGUAUCCUCUUUCUCUAUUUAGCACACAAACAAGCCCCAGAAAAACAUAUGGCCCUCUGAGUGAGGACUGCAGUCACACACUGCUCUGUGUCCUUUCAACUGGUGAACUGCUGUGGACUGCAAAACUUGAAGGGGGCCAGGACUGUUCAGUGUGUUCCAGGAAUGUAACUGCCUCUUUGGACUUCUGCAAGUGUCAUCAUCAAGCUCUGUGGCUCAUUUUGUUACGGUUCAAGCCACAGCUAGAAGGAAAAAGGGAUGCAUGCAUCGAAUGUGAGAUAGUUCAUUGACAAGGAAGAGAGCGCUGCUUGGUACACCAGUAUCUAGGGACACUGGAACUUGCAUAGUAGGCUGUCUGAGGUAAGACCUCCUACUUUUAGAAGGACAUCUUCACAGAAGGCACCAAGGAAAUGUGAUUUUUCUUUUGAAAAUCAACUUGUUGCUGGAAUUCAGAGAAUGGCAACUCUGGAGUGGAAUGUUCAAGUCUGUGGAAUUAAAUAGGCUUUUGUAAUAUCUCAUGCAAGCAUCCUGUUUGUUUGUUUGUCAGCCCCAAAGAUUUGGCUGGAAGUGAGCUAGAAUGUGGCUAGUAUUUGCUGCCUGGCAGAAGUGAGGCAGAGAGAAUUCUACUCCAUUUCUGUAAGGAGUGUGUAUCACUAGAAUCUACUGUGCUUAGGAGUUGAGAUUGGCUUUCUGCUCCUGGAUCUCAACUUUGUUUUCUCUCCCUGCAUAAAUGGAACUAAG